CUUUAUAAAUUGGUAGUAUUCAUACCACACUUAAUUAAAUUAUACAUAUUUUCCUAAGUAUUUUCUUUUGCUAUAGCCAUGGCUUUAAACACUACCAAGCUUUUUGCCACAAUUCUUGUUGUGUCACUCCUUUCAACACCUUUAUUAACCAAUGCAUGUGGAUCAUGCAAGGCACCAACUCCGCCGCCGCCACCAAAAGCGAAAUGCCCCAAAGACACAUUGAAAUUAGGGGUUUGUGCUGAUGUCUUAGGUCUUGUUAACGUUAUUGUUGGUUCCCCUGCUUCAAGCAAGUGUUGUGCAUUGCUUGAAGGCUUGGUUGAUUUGGAAGCAGCACUUUGUUUGUGCACCGCUAUUAAAGCCAAUGUUCUUGGCAUCAACUUAGAUAUCCCUCUCACUCUCAGCUUGCUCCUCAGUGCUUGUCAAAAAUCACUUCCUCCUGGCUUCCAGUGUUGAGAUACGAGUUGAAAACUCACGUGCAGUUAUCUUCGUGCGAAACUACUAGUUGAGAACUGCAUGUGAAUGUUCACUGAGAUAUAAUAUUAUAAUUUGAGUAAUUAUUUUAAUUUCUGUGCACUUUAUUUUGUUGAACUUUUUUAUAUUGUCGUUUAAUUAGGUGGUGCUAUCAUAUAAAUGAAAUUAGGUUUUCUUUUUGACAAAUAUUCAUUUUCUUUGACCGGUCUUGAAUUUUUGGUUUGAUUAGUGCAUGUACAUCCACUAUCUCCAUAAAAAAGAAUUCGUUAUUUUUUAUUUAUAUGAUGGCACCCUAUUAAAUAGCAAUAUAAAAAAUUUCACUUUGAUAAAUGUAUAGAAGUUAAAUCUUGUUAGUUUCUCAAUUAAUUUUUCUUUUAAAUUGUAGUGCUUGUUUUUGUUUAUGUUUGGAUAAUGUGUGGAAAAUCCAUGUACUGUGCUUGACAUGUUUUCUUAAUUAUUGUAAUAAUCAAGCAAGCAUGUUUGCUUCAGUUAGCAACCUUAGUUUUUUUUUUUUUUUCUAUUUUCUCUGAUAAAAUCAGGGAAAUUUUAUUUUAUAUUAUGAUUGUGUAUCAUACUUAAUUUGUGAAAUGUAUGGAAUUUAUUCGUA